UUACAUACAGCUACUUACAUAUAUUAAAACUGGUGUUUUUGUCAAUAAAAUGGCCACAAAUGUAGCCUUCCCUGAAAACGAAGUAAAAAGUGGCAAACAUAAUGCAAAAGGAGAAGAUAAAGUCUAUAGUUAUGAAGAGGCAAUCACUUUGGCAGGCAAUGGCCGCUACACAUACGGACUGCUGGCGGUGGCGAGCCUCACCAUCUUGGCGAUGGGCUGUGACAUGUUUGGCUUCUCCGUGAUAGUGGUCGGAAGCCAGUGCGAUCUACAGCUCACGUCUGGCCAGAGGAAUGUACUCAUUUCCAUGCCUUUUCUUGGUCCAGUAGUCAUGUCUUACCCAUGGGGCUUCAUCAGCGAUACGCGGGGACGACGAAAAUGUCUCCUUCUGGCAAUGAGCGGUGGCUUCCUAGCCUCGGUCGUCAGCGCACUAUCUCCAAACUGGAUCGUGCUGGCUGUACUCCGAUUUGUGAGUACCAGUUGCUGCAGCUGCGCGCAGUCAUCGACGUACGCGCUGAUGGGCGAGUCGAGCUCACAACGCGUGCGCGGAAGUUACAUGCUCUUCAUGACAAGCGUGCUAAUGCUCACACCCACCUGCUACUUCGUGGCGGGUUACUUCAUCCUAAACUUGGAGUUUUCCUUGAGCCUGGGUUUCAUCAGCUUCAUGCCCUGGCGUCUGCUGGUGCUGGUGAUGGCCAUGCCUAUGGGGAUCUGUUGUCUGGCGCUGUUGGGCUUCUACGAGAGCCCUAAGUUCCUGGCCAACGCUGGGCGGGAAGACCAGGGGCGGUGGACCUGCUUCAGAAGAUAUGGAGGAGGAACGGUGGCAAGGAUGAGUAUCCUAAACAACAGUUUGCUGAUGUGGUACCCGUUCCUGCUGAACACCUAUCUGACAGAUGAUGGUUCUGCAGACCAGGGUGGGCUCUGCAACAUGAUCCUUCGCUCGCAAGACGCCUCUCACGUCCAACAAACAUCCAUCUGCUACUCCAAGCUCGACUACUUCACAACUUUAUUCAGCAUCACGCACUCUUUAUCCUUCACGCUCAUCAACGUCUUCAUGUCCCGCUUCGCCGGCCGCAUGAAGCUGAUGCUGAUCACCGUCCUGACUGUGGCCUUCUCGUCCGGUGUCGUCAUCAUAUUUACCACAAACAACACGAUUAGCUUCCUGUUCUUCCUUGGGAUUAUGACCACGGGGCUUGGAAGCGGAGUUGUGUUCUCUUACUUCAUUGAGCUGUAUCCCACGUCUUAUCGUGGCAUGGCAGCGUGUCUGGGCGUGAUCGUGGCGCGGGGAAGCGCUCUCACUGCCAUCAACAUCCUUGGCUCCAACAUCAUGACCAACUGCCACCAGUGCUUCUACGCAUACACAGCCUACAUCUUGACGUUUGCCGCGGAUGUGAACGAUUAUAAUACGGAUAAGAAUAAGGAUUUUGGAGUUUGCAGUGUGACUGGGAAGAAAGAAGAUGAAGUUUAUACUUAUGAAGAGGCUAUUACUCUGGCAGGGAACGGCAGCUACACCUACGGUCUAAUGGCUGUUCUCAGCCUUACAGUCCUAUCAAUGGUGUGUGACAUGUUUGGAUUCUCCGUGGUAGUCGCUGGAAGCCAGUGCGACCUCCAACUCACGCCGAGUCAGCGGAACACUCUCAUGUCCAUGCCUUUUAUUGGGCCAAUAAUAAUGUCGUACCCAUGGGGCUACUUCAGUGACACCCAGGGCCGCAGGAAGUGCCUCCUCAUAGCUUUAAGCAUCAGCUUCGUGGCCACGGCCGUCAGCUCUCUCUCUCCAAACUGGAUCGUUCUCGCUGUGCUCAAGUUUUUGAGCACCAGUUGCUGCAGCUGCGCACAGUCCGUGACAUACGCGCUGUUAGGAGAGUCCAGCGGGCAGGACGUGCGUGGCGGCUACAUGCUGGUCAUGACAAGCGUGCUCAUGCUCGGACCCACUUACUACUUUCCGAUAGCCUACUUCCUCCUAAACAUGAACUACUCCAUCGACCUGGGCUUCAUCAGCUUCGUGCCCUGGCGUCUCCUGACCCUGGCGCUGGCGCUACCGCUGGGCAUUUGCGCGCUGACGCUGCACUGCUUCUACGAGAGCCCCAAGUUCCUGGCCAACGCUGGGAGGGAAGACCAGGCGAUCGAACUGAUGAGGAAGAUUUGGAAGAGGAAUGGCGGGAAAUAUCGUUAUCCUAAAUUCGCUGAACACUUCCAGGUAAAGAAGCUGAUCCUAAAUGAAGGCAGUGCCCCGGUACAAGAACAGCCACUGCUGCGGUCUCUUUGGCACCAAACUGCGCCGCUUUUUCGCCCUCCAAUGCUGUGGAGGACCUUGCAACUGUACUACCUUACUGCUGUGAUCUACAGCGUCAACAACAGCAUGCUGAUGUGGCUCCCAUUCAUAGCGAAUGCGGUACUUGCGGACAAGCGGCCGCCGGCGGCGUGUGUGACGUCAUCCUCAGCUCAAACGGUGGCACGCAGAAUGCUGGAGGUCAGCCAACCGCCUGCUCUUCAAAAGUAGAAUACCUGACCGUCGUGUUCACCCUCGGAGUCUCCAUCGUCCUCGCUCUGUUGUACGUGCUGAUGUCCCGUUUCUCCCGCAUGAAGCUCAUGCUGGCCUUGGUGCUGGCUGCGAGCGUUGUAGCCGGAGUUGGUCUC